CGAAUUUCAAAAUCAACUCGUUCAACAAUACAAAUUCGCUUCAGUGUGCCUUCAGAAUUGGUAGACAUUUACCUUCCUAUUCAACCUAGGUUUUUGUGUUUUUUUUUUGUUCAUCUUUUUGUACCGAUUGGAUCACCGAAGUUGGGAUGUUCAGUGUUGCGUCGGCAUACGAGUGAUGACGUCAUAAAAUACAUUUAUCAAAUACGAAUAUAUAAAUAGUAUAUAUAACUGUGUGGCAUAACAAACAACGAGACAACAUUCUUUUUUAUUCAGCGCAAACAUCGGCAUUUCAAACCAAUACUCCAGUCAAGCAAGGUGCCCGUUUCAUUUUACAUUCAAGGCUCUUCCAAUUUCGAUAAGUUUUUUUUUCCUACAAUUGAACAACAACAAAAAAUUGUGUGAACAAAUUAACAAUGGGUUUGCAAAAUUGUGAAAUUACGUUGGACAAUCCAUGGAAUACAUACUAUGCAGGUCAGACGCUAAAUGGUCAAGUCAAACUGCAACUCAACUCGCCGAAAAACAUUAGAGGCAUCAUCGUUCGUUUUCUCGGUGAAGCAAAUACAAAAUGGAGUGAGACAAAAAAAGUUCGCGAUGAUCAAGGUAAAGAGGUUGACGAAACUGAAGAAUUAACCGGCCAUGAAGAAUAUUUUGAAAACCAUUAUUAUUUGUUGGGAGCCAAAAAUGGAUCGGAAAUUAAUUUGCCGUCUGGUGAACAUACUUAUCCAUUUUCGUGCGUUUUACCUGGAAAUCUUCCAUCAUCAUACGAAGGUGAAUUCGGUCAUGUCCGUUACACCAUAAAAGUAACACUAGAUCGUCCAUGGAAAUUCGAUCAGGACACGAAAAUGGCUUUCACCAUCAUUUCACCAUUGGAUUUGAAUCAAAAUGCUCGUCUCAAGGAGCCAAUGGCGUUGAAUCUCGAAAAAUCAUUCUGUUGUUUUUGCUGCAAAUCGGGCCCAUUAAAAGCAGAAGUGAUUAUUCCGUGUGGAGGCUAUGUUCCUGGCCAAUCAAUUCCAAUUACAGCCGAUAUUACCAACGCGAGCAAUGUAAAGGUCGAGCGAUUACGCGUAAUUCUACGUAAAACUGUCGUUUUCAAAACAAAUCAUCCCCGCCGUGAUUUGAAAAAAGAGAAAACAACAAUUUCUGAAAUUUCUGUCGGUCCAGUUGAAGAGCACAGUUCCAAGAAUUGGCAGCAAAACAUUGAAAUUCCACCAUUGCCACCAUCCAAUUUGAUUAACUGCGGCAUCAUUGAUUUGGAUUAUGAAUUGAAGAUUGAGUUGAAUGUAUCGGGUGCUCAUCGCGACUUAGAGGGCAAAUUGCCGAUAACCUUGGGAACGAUCCCACUGGCAACCACUCAGUUGCCCAAUAAAGAUGUGCCACAACAACAACCAACGGUUCCAAUCCAAGAUCCAUCACAGGCACCCACACAGCCAGUUAGUCCGAGUAGUCCAGGUGACGCAGUUGGUUGGAAUCUCUACCCAUCAAUUCCACCACCAUCCUACGGCGAGUCCGAAUAUCGUGCCAAUAUUGUGGACAAAAAUGAUUCACAACAUACUCGAGUUUCUGGUGGCCAGAAUGAUUUUGCUCCGCGAUAUCCGGUUUAUGCCUCAGCCCCAACUCUUCCAAAUGUCCAGAAUUAAAGAGGCCCACGAUAUAUUUCUAUUUCUCAAUCCACCACAACGACCAAUUUUAAUCAACUUAAAUCAAUAAACAUUUGCAGCUUAAAUACGAAGAAAACGAUUUCAAUGAUAACAAUACACACACCGAAAAUAAAUUGAUAUUUUAAGAUAGUAGAAAGGAAUUGAUCGAAUUGAUAAGAAAUCAAUUACUGAGAAAUUCUGUGGCCUACACACCCACGCACACACCAAUCAAUUCCAAUAUAAAAGAAUAAUCCUAAACAGACAUCGCGCGCACAAAUGUUUUUUCGGGUGGCUUCACUUUAAAGAAAACAAUUCAAUUGAAUUCGAUAAUGUGCUUUAAAGAUAUUUUUCUGAAAUCUUAAAAUAUACCAGACGUAUCCUUUUACAAAUAUUGCGUAUAGAUAAUCGGAUUACGUUUUUAUGUAAUUAUUGUGGCAAAUUACAAGCUUUUCGUGUAAUUUCUUCUUUGAUUUUAUUGGGAGGGAGUUUUUAUGUCAACAUUUUUUUGUACAAUCCACAGGAUAUUCAAAUAUAGCUUUGUUAUUCUAAUUUUAAAA